AUGAGACCGCUCAAGUCAGCACUUCGUCAUCGAUGGAUUGAAUACUUGCGUUCCGAACUUCAAAGCCAUACUUCUGGAUCCUUCAAGCUGUCCCCACCCAACCGCUUCGACUUGGUUGAUGGUUUACGAAAGUGCAAGAUCAUCGACGGGUCUGUAGAUGCCGACGACGGCAACGAUUGUGAACUUGAUGCGGAAUGCGCCGCUGUCUUGGACACUAAGUCGUACAAUAUGAUUGAAUAG